AGUAAGACGUGCCAACUUAGAGAACCAGUGGAAUCGUCACGUCUAAAAGCUAUUACCAACAUUUCUUCCUGUUUAAACCUUGCUUUUUAAAAUGGUUUUGAUUUCCAAAAUCUACGUUUCUUUGCUUAUCGCUCUAUUAACAAAUUACGCUAACGGAUUAAAGUGCCACUUUUGCACAUCAAGCAAUAGCAUAUACAAUGAAAACUGUCAAUAUGGCACAAAUACUCUUCCAUCUGGUGACUGCCCUGCUGAGUUUACAUCAUGUGUUACAAGAUACGCCGAAGAUGCAACUGGUGAUGUCCACAUCCUGCGAGACUGUAGCAGAAGAAAUUAUCUGGCGCCUUGGAACUACCCGAUUGAAAUGACCACAUACUGUGAUUUUGAUAAGUGCAAUGUUGGUUAUGUGGGAGAAUCGGGGUCCACAACUACUAGUAGAACUACUACUACCACUAGUAAUUCUGCAAUUGGUGGACAAAAUACGAUACCCAUUUGGAUUUUGGUUAUUGCAACUGCACUUCGAUAUAUCUGAGUGCUAAAAAAAUCG